ACCAUUGAGUAGAUUUAAUAAAACAUCCACAACUCAUUCUUUCUUUGAUUCUAGCUAGUCCAUUCCAUUAUGCUGGGAAUAGCAGCAUGUGUGGUGGUAGUGAGUGUUGUAAUUUAUGCAUAUAAAAGAAUAAUGCCUCCUCCACCAAAGGGUCCUCCUGUUAUUACUUCACCAAGAAUUAAGCUGAGAGAUGGUAGACACUUGGCUUAUAGCGAGAGGGGGGUCCUGAGAGAAAAUGCUACAUACAAGGUCAUUCUUGUCCAUGGCUAUGACAGCUCCAAGGAUAUCUAUUUGCCUCUUUCUCAAGAAGUGAUGGCAGAGCUGGGUUUGUACCUUGUGACAUAUGACAGAGCAGGGUAUGGAGAAAGUGAUCCAAAUCCAAAGCGCAAUGUGAAGAGUGAAGCAUUUGAUAUUCAAGAACUUGCUGAUCAGUUGCACCUGGGUUCUAAAUUCUAUCUUAUUGGGAUGUCCAUUGGAACAUACCCUGUCUGGGCCUGUCUCAAAUACAUACCCCACAGGCUAGCUGGUGUGUCACUAGUAGUUCCUGUGAUAAAUUUCUGGUGGCCUUAUUUUCCUCCAAAAUUGGUGAAGCGGGAAUUUGAGAAGCAACUUAAAAGGGACCAAUGGAAACUGCGGAUUGCCCACUAUGCCCCUGGAUUUGUGCUUUAUUGGUGGAUGACCCAGAAGUUCUUCCCUCGUGAUUCUAUAUCUGAGAGACACCCUAUACUUCUUAACAAACGAGACCUGGAAACUAUGCAGCAAAUGUCACAAGUACCUAUGCCCAAUCAGCAUAAGAUACGGCAGCAAGGUGAAUAUGAAUCCUUGUAUCGAGAUAUUAUGGUGCAUUUUGGAGACUGGGAAUUUGACCCUAUGGAGCUUCAAAAUCCAUUCCCACAAAAUGAUGAGGCUUCUUAUGUGUAUCUAUGGCAGGGUCAUGAAGACAAGCUUGUUCCAUUUGAGCUACAAAGGUUCCUUGCAAGGCAACUACCUUGGAUAAGGUAUCAUGAAGUUCCGGAUGGUGGACAUUUCAUCAUUCAUGAAAAGCACUUCUGUGAAGCUAUUUUUAGAGAACUUUUGCUUGGAAAACAACCAAAAAUUAAUUAAUUAUUGAUUUGGCUAAUUAAUUAGACCAAAUAGAACAUGCUUUGAUGUAAUAAAUAAACUCUAAAUAAUCAAAUUAGUUUCUAAAAAAUUAUUUAUUUUUUAAAUUGGUUUUUAAUAUUUUUUUAAAUCAAAUUCAUCUUUAAAGAUUUUAAGUUAGUCAUGUUAAGUCCUUCCGUCACUUUCAUUAUUAACGCCGUUAGAGUUUGCUAAUAUAGUAUAUUAUGUGACAUCACAACAUAUUUAGUAGUUUUAAUUGACUAUUAAUACGAUCAGUUUAUG